UCUGUAUUGCAAUGCAAAGAGUUUAAGGAUAUCUGUCAGUGUGAUUAAAUGAUUCAACAAUAAUCAUAUGAGCACAAGAUGGCUGUACAGUAUUCGUAAUCACGUGUCGGUGUCAUGCGUGAUGUUGUGGGACAGCGCUGUGUGGCCCAGCCACUAGUCGGCUCUGUGCACCCUCAGCAGCCGCUGCAGUAGCAGGCAGGCUGGCAGCCUUGCUUUGGGGUUAAGAAGAGUGGGUGGGGGGAUGCCAGCCACACAUCAACCAUCCUGCCAGGGCGAUUAGGUAGUUCCGGGUGGGCUAUGGCGGCGCCCACCAGUCGCUUGGACGACGGCUGGCCGAAUGUGAGUGCAGAUGGGCCGCUGAAAGGUUGCGUGUCCGCCGCAGCGACGUCCCUCCUGGAUGAUAGCGAUGGCAAUGAUGACGAUGACGACGAGGGGCUGCGACACAACAGCACGUUCCCGGGAAAAAGCGGUGCAUCCAAAUCCAUGGUGGACAAUUUUGAUGAGACUUUGUCUUUGUGCUUCGGAAAUGCGAGCACAUCUUCGGGAAGCAUCGAUGCAGUGACGGUGGUAAACGAGGACACGCUUCUGCGCGGGGACGAAAUCUGGACCGCUUUAACCAAAAGCUUUGGGCAGGUGAUGCCUCUGGACUGGAAGCAUUCCCGAAUAUGUGCCCUCCACAUGCCCAUAUUCAACAUGGAGGAGAAACCGGGACAGACGGGUGAUGUUACGGCGGAGCUGUCUGAUGACGAGGAGCUGAGGGAGCAGUUGGACAUGCACUCCAUCAUCGUCUCGUGCAUCGGGGAAGAGCCUCUUUUCACAGCCGAGCAGGUGAUUGAGGAGAUCGAGGAGAUGAUGCAGGACUCUCUUGAAUUUGACGCAGAGCAGAAUCCAUCACAGUCAGAUCUUUCAAUACUGUCUGUGGAUGUGCAGCGGCCCAAAAGAAGCCUCAGCUACGAAGACAGGGUGAGGACGCUAAACGUGGCGGAGCUGAAUGAGCGGCUGGAGGAGGCGGAGGCCUCCAUCAGGAGCUUCUCAGAAGAGCUGGUGCAGCAUCUGGCUCUCAGGGAUGAGCUGGUCUUUGAGAAGGAGGUGAAGAACAGUUUCAUCUCUGCGCUCAUCGACGUGCAGAACCGGCAGAAGGAGCACCGCGAGACGCUGAAGAAGAAGAAGAAGCUCAAAGGGGCAGGUGGAUUGUCGCAAGGACACCCAGAGAAGACGCUUGUAUCACGUUUCAGCAUGGAUGGCCUCUCUUCUAUUAUUCAAAACAGCUUUCGCCAAACAUUUGGGAGCGGUUGCGGUGAAAGACAGUAUUUGACGACCAUCAUCCCGUAUGAAAAAAAAGGACAUCCUCCUUCAAUCGAGGACCUCCAGAUCCUGAUCAAGAUUCUGCAUGCAAUGAGAGAUGACAGUGACAAGGUGCCAGGUCUCCUAACAGACUACAUUCUCAAAGCUGUGGUGUGAGCGACAGCCGGGGGCAGGUUUGUGACAUACCGUACUCACAUGUGACAAAAAUGUUGUAGUGUUGGUGCUCGCCAUGGCAAGGCAGCUCCUCCAGCAGAUGAAUUGUGGUGCACUUUGACCCCCGCAGUGUUUCCCUUUAGCUUUCUUCACCAAACAAUUUCACUAUGCCAAACUGCUACACAUUGGCUGAUGACUCAUUUUACACUUACUGUGUGCUGAUUGACUAUGACACACUGCUACAUCUGCAUUCAAUACAGUGGAACCGGCAAAGCAGGGAUGUCCAAAGUGUGGCCCGGGGGCCAUUUGCGGCCCGCAUCUUAUUUUUUAUUGGCUCGCGGCACAUUGUAGAAAUAAUAUUAAACAAAAAAGCAGAAAUGGGAAAAAAAAGCAAAAUGACAAAAUGUAAAGAGAAGAAACUGAAAUGUUGAUACUAACAACUAAUAAUAAAAUAUCCAUCCAUCCAUCCAUUUUCUAUACCGCUUCUCCUCAUUAGCGUCGCGGGGGCACGCUGGAGCCUAUACCAGCUGACUUUGGGCAAGAGGCGGGGUACACCCUGGACUGGUCAUAAUAAAAUAUUUUUAAAAAAUACUGUUACGUAAAUACAGUUACAAAAUACCUAAAAAUAUCAAAGUGGACCCCCGAAUCCUUUGAUUUUCAGCAUAUGGCCCUGGGUGGAAAAAGUUUGGGCACCCCAGCUGUAAAGCAACACCCGGGAAGUGGUACAAUUUGAAUUCCGACCUAUAUUUUCUGGGAAAAAUCUGCCUCAAAAGUCAAACAAAAACAAAGUGAGACUUCAGCCUAUUGAGCAUCAAAAGGAUUUGUAAGGAAUUUGCUUUUUCUUUGGCUUUUUUGUAGUGAAAGCAUGGUGUAAAGUGUGAUCAUAACUACAAAACCAGAAAUUAUUGCAACGGUUGCUCAGUGCAAUUUCAGCAAUGGAAUUACUUGCGUACAUACACCAUUUUUUUUUUACCAAGCAGAUGCAACAGUGUUUCCCUUGCAUGAAUUUAUUUUUGCUACCUGUUUGCCCUCACCCAUAAACAUAUUAUAACUCACCUGCUCUGUCAGAGAAUAAAAGCAGGAGCGAUCGGAUAUGAUACGUGGACAAUUUUUUCAAAUUCAACGAUUACGUCAUUCCCCCUACCCUCGGUAACCCAUCGCAGCCACACAUAGAUUGCACAAGUCAACCAGCGUGAUAGAACAGAUUUAGUUUGGCUUUGGAGGUUCCACUGUAAAUACUUGUAAGUUUUACUAUAAUUUAUAAUAAUGUAAUAAUUGCAUAAUAAUCUUUCAUUUACUAAACAAUAAAAAAAAACCUGCACAGGCUAACAAGAUCCAACAUUGUACCUUUAGAAACAUAAUGCUUAGUUUGGAUUGGCACCGACCGAGAUGUAUUAAUUCAACAAUAUGUUUAUUUACUUUGCAGUGGUGUACAACUGCAGUAUACUGAAGUGUAUUCCUCAUAUUUUGGUCUCUGUAAGUUAAGGUAACCAACACAUUACACUUAUCGGCAUGAUGCGGUGUAGUUGCACACCACUGCAAACUACAACCACAAAAAAAAAGCUCUUGUAUUGGAUUUCAAUAGAUGGUACAGGUGUACCUCAUGUUGUGACUGAUGUAUGUGCAUCGUGAUGAAUUUAUUUCAAGUGUGAGUUUUUUCUCCCUGUAUGUUUCCCUUCAGUUUGUGGUUUUGUUACCAAUGGCUGCGUGCUAAGGUCCUCUGAUUUUCACCUCUGUUUUGUUACAGUGCUCUGCCCAAAGUAGAAAUUGAGGGAGGAAACCAAGCGGACCACCACAUAAGAAGAUGGAGAUGACAGACUUUUUUUUAAGCAUCAAGUACACUUUAUGCAUUCAUUCCUGCUUGUUGUUUCUUCAAGAUUUGUCCUUGUUAUGUUUUGUCCAUUUGUGUUUAUUGUGAUUUCUGAUUUCAUUCUUUCCAUUAGAGUUUUACUUCUUUUUUUUUCUUUUUUUUUUAAACCAAGUAGCAAUACAAGCGUCGUCGCUGCAUUGCUUGUGUGAUGCAAAGGGCUUUGCAUUAAUCCAAAGUGCUUACUCACUGAGCAAUGAUCAAAUGUGCACAAAGCACAUGGGGCUUCCAGGCUAAUCUACUCAGAGGUCAACUUGUAUUGCAACAAGGCGCACUGUCAACUGAGACACAGGAGGGGAAAUAAUGUUCAUACAUCAGCAGCACAUGUAAGAGAUUAGGGAGAGAACUGGGAAUAUUUGCAUAGAAAAGGGGCAGGAAUACACACUCUAGCAUCAAACAUACAUAGCACAGCCUUCCAAUAUAAACACACUAAUGCUAUUAACUAUCAUUAGUAUUUCACAGAUUAGAGAUUAAUGGCUGUGGGCCACUGUGAUCAUUUUAUAUUGUCUGAAACAUUUUGCACUAAUGAGCUAAUUAACUGACUGCCUAUGCAUACAAGUGCGAGUAUUAGUACUGCUGACCCAAGCACUGUCAGUACUUUUUAGUGAACCAGAGACACAAGUGUCAAUGUGCCUGCUGUGCUUGUUUACCAGGAAUUCUCAUCGUGGAUGUAUACAAACUGCCUUUUUUGUACAUUGUAAAUGACGUACAGUAUUUUCAAUGAAUGUCCUAUGACAAGACAAUGUGUUACUCGCUUUGAUUGCUUAUUUUGUAUAAAUGUUUUCAAUCUA